GAUCUUGCAGAAAGAUAGUCCCUCCUUUCCUGGAAAAGCCAGACUAACCAGUUAGAUACCUUUCUGGCUUUAACACCUGAGACUUCUCAUCCCACUGCCUUUUUAAAGUAGAAAGACCUCAGGCAUUUACGAACUGAAGAUCAUACUAAGCAAAUGGCUAAUCCCAAAGCUGUCUGCAAUGGACAUUACCAUCAGAAACAGAAUAACCUCUUAAAAAGUGGAAUCUAUAAGAAAAAUGGAAUUGCUAAACAAAUUAAGAAAAAUGGCAUAUCAAAUGGAAGUUUCUACAAACAGCCAUUUACUGAACACUUUGAACAAGCACCAAUGUAUGUUGCUGUUUUUACUUAUGUGGGUUUCACCGUGGGAACAAUAUUUGGCUACCUGAAGGAUUUUCUGAGAGCCUGUGGAAUACAAAAAUGUCCCUUUGCUAUAGAAAGAGAAGAACAAAAAGAUUUUGUGCCACUUUAUCAAGACUUUGAGAACUUCUACACAAGAAAUCUCUACAUAAGAAUACGAGAUAACUGGAACCGUCCCAUCUGCAGUGUCCCAGGCCCACAGUUUGACCUGAUGGAACGUGUUACAGAUGACAACAACUGGACAUUUAGGUUUACUGGAAGAACUAUCAAGAAUGUAAUCAACAUGGGCUCUUAUAACUACCUCGGCUUUGCAGAAACAGAUGCCAAUGCUUUGAAAACAGUGGCAGAUGAUUUACAGAAAUAUGGGACAGGAGUGUGCAGCACCAGACAAGAAAUGGGGAACCUUGACAAACACAUAGAACUAGAAAACCUGGUGGCCCAGUUUCUUGGUGUGGAAGAUGCCCUGGUGUUUGGCAUGGGCUUUGCUACUAACUCUAUGAACAUUCCAGCUCUGGUUGGGAGGGGAUGCCUCAUUUUAAGUGAUGAGUUGAACCACACAUCUCUCGUUCUUGGUGCAAGACUUUCAGGUGCCACCAUCAGAGUCUUCAAACACAAUAAUAUGCAGAGCCUUGAGAAGCUCCUGAGGGAUGCAAUAGUAUAUGGGCAGCCUCGAAGCCACAGAGCCUGGAGAAAAAUCCUUAUCCUUGUAGAGGGCAUUUACAGCAUGGAAGGUUCCAUUGUGCGCUUGCCAGAAGUAGUUGCCUUGAAGAAAAAGUACAAAGCCUACCUCUACUUGGAUGAAGCUCACAGCAUCGGUGCUGUGGGACCAACGGGCCGAGGAGUUGUGGAAUAUUUUGGAAUGGAUCCUGACGAUGUUGAUGUAUUGAUGGGUACAUUCACCAAAAGCUUUGGAGCAGCUGGGGGAUACAUAGCUGGCAGGAAGGAAUUUAUGGACUUUUUACGAACUCAUUCCCACAGUUCUGUUUAUGCCACAUCUAUGUGUCCCCCCGUUGCAGAGCAAAUCGUUAGGGCCAUGAAGUGUGUCAUGGGACUAGAUGGAACAACAAAAGGGCUACAGAGAGUGCAGCAGCUAAGAAAAAACACAAGAUACUUCAGGCAGAGACUGCAUGAAAUGGGUUUCAUAAUUUAUGGCAAUGAUGAUUCCCCUGUUGUUCCUUUGCUCCUUUAUAUUCCUGGUAAAAUAGCGGCUUUUGCAAGGCGCAUGCUAGAAAAAAAUAUUGGGGUAGUUGUCGUUGGCUUUCCAGCUACUCCUAUCACUGAAUCCAGGGCUCGGUUCUGUGUGUCAGCUGCACAUACACGGGAGAUGUUAGACACGGUCCUGAAUGCCCUUGAUGAAUUGGGCGAUUUUCUACAAUUGAAAUAUUCCCGGAAUUCCAAGUCAUCUCGUCCUGAACUAUACGACGAAACAAGCUUUGAACUUGAAGAUUAAGCCUCUCAGCCCAGGAAGAAAAUAUUAGGAUGUUACAAACAGGGGAAAAGAAAGAACCUAAGAUAUUAACUUCUUCCCUUCCAAGGACAGUUUUUGUUUCUCGGUGAUCUGAAACAAGGGGAAGCGCUGCUGUUGCAUUUUGCUGUAUCAAAUUUCUGUGUUCAAGAGACUGGGAUAUUGCUACAGGUUUAUCCCCUGGACUAAAUACUUAUUAAGGUAUUUGUGUUGC